GUAUUGAAACGAUUUCCUUAUUCUCAUUUUCACACCUCUCUCUCUCUCUCUCUCUCUCUCUCUUCUGCGAAACAUCGGAGAGAGGAAAGUGUUUCUGGGCUCCUUUCUUUGAAGCUCUGUAUUUGUUCCACUGACUGGUUUUGCAGUAUAUUUGAUCUGCAGCUCGCCAUAAGAGGCCACAGAGCUCCUCUUCAGCUCUUAAUUGGGUUCUGAAGCCACCACAUAUCAACGAGGCUGACUGCAAAUUUGUAUAAGAAGAUUUAAAACGGGCUUUGUAGACUUUAAAUGUCCUUUAGAGCUCUGCUCGGUUACUGAGAGAAGGAGGUUUGUAUUUGGUAUGAUUCUAACUUUUGCGAGAUUCCAAUUUUUUUUUCUUGUUAUUCACAGGAAAGGGAGGAAACUUGUAAAUUUUCAAAUUAAGGGAUUUUUUUUUUGAAAGGCAUAACUUUUCUUCUAUCACUUCCUGCAAGUAGGUGAUACAAUUUCCUUUUGCCAAUUCAACAAGAAAUCCCAUGAGCAAUCUAAAGCUAGGGGUGGAGGUUGUGAGUGCCCACAACCUUAUGCCCAAAGAUGGGCAGGGCUCAUCCAGUGCUUUUGUGGAGCUUGAAUUUGACCGUCAGAGAGUCCGUACGUCUACCAAGGAAAAGGAUCUCAACCCUGUUUGGAAUGAAAGGUUCUAUUUCAUUGUCUCUGAUCCAAACAACCUAUCUAACCUUUCUCUUGAUGCUUGUGUUUACCAUAAUAUAAAAAAUGCUCAAUCUCAGUCUUUCCUUGGGAAGGUUCGCCUCACUGCAACAUCAUUUGUUCCCCACCCUGAUGCUGUGGUUCUGCACUUCCCUUUAGAAAAACGAGGCAUCUUCUCACAUGUUAAGGGAGAGCUAGGUUUGAAAGUUUUUGUCACUGAUGACCCCUCCAUAAAAGCCUCAAACCCACUUCCGGCAAUGGAAUCCUCUCCUCACACAGAACCACGCUCAAACCAGGUGGAAGCACCCAUCCUACAGUUUUCAAAGUCAGUCUGGAAUCUGUUCUCUAAUGAUAAGGCCGAGUCAAGACACACAUUUCGUCAUCUUCCAAAACCUAGUCCUCAGAAGCAGCAGCAUCAUUCUUCUAACGUGGAAACAGAACCGGUGCAACCAGUGAGAUAUGUGGCUGACGAGAUGAGGUCUGAACUGCAGCCUCCAAAAAUGGUCCACAUGUACUCAGGUUCAUCAUUGCAGCCUGUUGACUAUGCACUUAAAGAGACAAGCCCUUUCCUUGGAGGGGGGCAAAUUGUUGGUGGCCGAGUUAUACGUGCAGACAGGCCUGCCAGCACGUAUGAUCUUGUCGAACAAAUGCAGUACCUCUUUGUACGAGUUGUGAGAGCCAGUGACCUCCCUUCAAAAGAUGCUACAGGGAGCCUUGAUCCAUAUGUUGAAGUAAGACUUGGGAACUACAAAGGAAUUACGAGGCACUUUGAGAAGAAGCAAAACCCUGAGUGGAAUGAGGUGUUUGCCUUCGCAAGAGACAGGAUACAGUCAUCUGUGCUGGAAGUUGUGGUUAAGGACAAGAAUAUGGUAAAAGAUGAUUUUGUUGGGAUUGUUCGGUUUGAUCUCAAUGAGGUUCCUACACGGGUACCACCAGAUAGUCCACUGGCUCCAGAAUGGUAUCGCCUUGAAGACAAGAAGGGGAAAAAAAAGAAAGGGGAACUAAUUCUUGCUGUCUGGAUUGGCACACAAGCUGAUGAGGCAUUCCCUGAUGCUUGGCAUUCAGAUGCAGUCAGUCCUGUUGAUGGCUUUGUCGCUGCCUCUGCACACAUCCGUUCGAAAGUUUACCAUUCUCCAAGAUUAUGGUAUGUCCGUGUUAAUGUUAUUGAGGCCCAAGACUUGGUUAUAGCCGAUAAGAAUCGCUUCCCUGAUGUGUAUGUUAGAGCACAGAUUGGUAGCCAGAUUUUAAAAACAAAACCAGUUCAAGCUCGGACUCUGCACCCACUCUGGAAUCAGGAUUUGAUGUUCGUUGCUGCUGAACCCUUUGAGGAGCAUCUGGUUCUUUCAGUUGAAGAUCGUGUGGGUCCUAACAAAGAUGAGACCAUUGGGAAGGUUAUUAUACCAUUGAAUUCUGUUGAGAAACGUGCCAAUGAUAAACUUGUACACAGCCGUUGGUUCAACCUUGAAAGUCCAUCUGCAAUUGAUAUGGAUCAGAUAAAAACGGACAAGUUUUCCAGUAGACUCCAUCUUCGAGUCUGUCUAGAUGGAGGGUAUCAUGUACUCGAUGAAUCCACACACUACAGUAGUGAUCUUCGCCCUACAGUGAAGCAGCUCUGGAAGCCAUCAAUAGGCAUUUUGGAACUGGGUAUUUUAAAUGCUGAUGGCCUUCACCCUAUGAAAACAAGGGAUGGAAAGGGUACAGCAGACACAUAUUGUGUAGCCAAGUAUGGUCACAAAUGGGUUCGUACCCGAACCAUAAUUAAUAGCCUGGGCCCUAAAUACAACGAGCAAUACACUUGGGAAGUUUAUGAUCCUGCUACAGUUCUUACUGUAGGUGUGUUCGAAAGUAGUGAAAUUGGUGAAAAGGAUUCAAAUGGCAACAGAGACAAGAAAAUAGGGAAAGUUCGGAUUCGAAUCUCUUCUCUCGAAACUGGCCGUGUUUAUACGCACUCGUACCCAUUGCUAGUCCUUCAUCCAUCAGGUGUCAAGAAGAUGGGUGAGUUGCAUCUUGCAAUCCGGUUUUCUUGCACAUCCAUGGCAAAUAUGAUGUUCAUAUAUUCGCAACCCCUUUUGCCAAAAAUGCACUACAUAAGGCCGUUACCAGUAACGCAGCAGGAGAUGUUGCGCCACCAGGCUGUCAAUAUAGUGGCUGCCCGACUUAGCCGGGCAGAACCCCCUUUGAAGAAGGAGGUUGUUGAAUACAUGUCUGAUGUGGACUCUCAUCUUUGGAGCAUGAGGCGCAGCAAGGCAAACUUCUUCCGCAUAAUCUCUCUUCUUUCAGGAUUAUUUUCUGUAGGGAAAUGGUUUGGGGAAGUUUGCAUGUGGAAGAAUCCUGUCACCACGGUGUUAGUGCAUGUCCUUUUUUCGAUGCUCAUCUGUUUUCCAGAACUGAUUCUGCCAACAGUGUUUCUGUACAUGUUUCUAAUAGGGGUUUGGAAUUUUCGCUAUCGACCAAGGUACCCACCUCACAUGAACACAGUCAUAUCCUAUGCUGACAGAGUUCACCCUGAUGAGCUGGACGAGGAGUUCGACACAUUCCCAACCCGGCAGAACCCAGAGCUGGUUCGGAUGAGGUAUGAUCGGUUGAGGAGUGUGGCAGGAAGGAUUCAGACUGUGGUGGGUGAUGUCGCUACCCAAGGGGAGCGAGUUCAGGCACUGCUAAGCUGGCGUGACCCACGCGCCACUGUCAUUUUUGUGACAUUCUGUCUUGUGGCUGCAAUUUUCUUGUAUGUCACACCUUUCCAGGGGCUGGCCUUUUUGAGUGGGUUUUACGUAAUGAGGCAUCCCCGGUUUCGCCAUAGGAUGCCAUCAGCACCAAUCAAUUUCUUCCGCCGUCUUCCAGCCAGGACUGAUAGUAUGUUGUAAAUAUGGUUGUUGGUUUAGGAUGGUAAAGCUUCUGCUUCUUUGUGUCAUAUGCUAGUUUUAGUAUUUUAUUUGCUGCUGGGUGUAUUUCUUUUGGUGAAUUUUGUAUUCUUGUGUGAACACAUGAUGUAUCAUGCCCAUAGUUGUGAUCUAUUGAUUUAUGAAAUUGGUGUUCAGUAGCCAGAGGAGACAAAAUUCAGAAUA